AUGCACUUGGAUUUCGCGGUGACGGUCCCUCGGGUGGAGCUCGUCCGCGAAGCCAUCAUCAGCGUCGCAGACAUGGAGCUAGGUGGCAGCUUCACUGACAGAUCGCGCCAGUGCUUUAUCUUGUUGUUCAACUACAUCGGAGGAGCUGGGGUCUGGGAGCUGUUGCUACCGAUGCAGUCAUAG